AAGACCUACGACUAGCUUUUGGCGCCUGCAGUUCUGCACACAGGACAUAAAGCAAAGGUUGACCGCGUGGUAAGAAGGCAUUACUGAAGCAGUUACUCUUUGUUUUAAGGGUGUAUAUGCAGAAGUAAUUCAUUUUUAAACGCUGCAUCCUUGCAUCAUACAACACGUGGCGUAAUUUUUUAAUCGAUUGACCCAGGCAAGCUAACGGUAGCUUUCUUUUGCAAGUUGGAUCGUGAAGCAGGCAACGCAGUUUGCGCAGAAAUGAACAACAUGGGCAAGAAGCAGAAUACGAAGGGUAAGAAGGAUGCACAGGAUACGCAGGAGGAGCCUGAGGAAUUUGUUGUAGAAAAAGUGCUCGACCAACGACUUGUCAAUGGGAAAGUAGAAUUCUUCCUGAAGUGGAAAGGAUUUACAGAGGCAGACAAUACCUGGGAGCCAGAGGAGAACCUCGAUUGUCCAGAGCUGAUUUCAGCAUUUUUGGAAGCACAGAAGAACGUCAAGGAGAAGCCUGCUCCUGUUAAACGGAAGGCAUCGACAGAUGAACCAGAAACAGAAGCUAAGAAGAAAGAUGUGGCUGAGAAACCACGCGGCUUUGCUAGGAACCUCGACCCAGAACGGAUCAUUGGCGCAACAGACAGCAGCGGGGAGUUGAUGUUCUUGAUGAAGUGGAAAGACUCGGAUGAAGCAGAUUUGGUCCCUGCCCGGGAGGCCAACACUCGCUGCCCUCAGGUGGUCAUUUCCUUCUACGAGGAGAGACUGACAUGGCAUUCCUGUCCAGAGGAUGAGGCUCAGUAGUGCUGUCUUCUGGUCCCUUGCAUCACUUACACCCUUUUCCUCAGGACAGAAUGUUCUCCUCUGGCUUGCCUUUUUUAGUUUUAGCUAGGUUAGUUAUUUUCAGAGAUGUUUUGGCCUUCGCAUUGUUUGGCUGUGGAGGAGAGCUAUGUUGUUGUAAAUAUUAGCCAAACCGUUUGUAAGAGAGCAGGUGGUGAUGUUGUGAUAAUAAAAGUCUUCCGGUAUAUCAUAUAAUGAUUGAUGCGAUGGCAAUUUAGAAAGCAUACUCUUUGAUGAAACUCACCACUGUCCAUAUUCAUAUCUGGUCAAACUUUGGAAAUUCUAAACGACUCCUUUAGUCUGUUAUGGUUUCAACCACCUCCUUGUAUCACCGUCUCAAUAUUAUGUAAAACGCUGGUUUUUUGUUUCCCACACUAGUGCUAAUGUUUUGUUCUUCAGUGCAUUUUGUAUACGGUCUUUAAAUAUUAUUUGAAGUUCUAAUAAAGGUUUUAUGUAACCAAA